AUAUUCUUUUAAUUGUACAUAAAUAAUUAGUCGUGAAAAUUCCUCUCAUUAUAAAUCACUUAAUUCAUAAUAUAUAUAAAUAUAAAUACCUUAAUGUGUACGUACAAUGAACUUAAUUCAUUGGCGUUGUUUUUAUACAUAUUAUACUAUUUGCAAUCAAUCAUUUUGUUCAUAAAACAAUAAUGAAUAAAUAAACAACAAUGAGCUAUUAAUAAAAUUAAUUAAAAAAAAAAAUAACCUAAAAGACAAGUAGUGAAGUUGUGAAAAACAAACUUAAUACGCAGACAGAUAUAAAAUGAAAAGAAUGAAAUGUUAUGGAUCGAAACUGCCGAUAUGUUCGUGUGUCAGAAUACCAAGAAUUGGGCGAAACAAAGUUGGACGAUAAGCGUCAUUGUUAAUGAUGCGAGAUCUCAACGCCAGUGCAUGUAACGAAUUGUAUGAGGACGUCGAGUGGUCAGGACCGGGUAUCGUUGGAACCCUCGUCGUCCUCGCUAUUGUUGAUGUUAUGGUCAUUCUUGGCAAUGUUCUUGUAAUACUCGCCGUUUACCAUACCACCAAACUAAGAAACGUCACCAAUAUGUUCAUCGUCAGUCUUGCUGUUGCUGAUCUUCUUGUUGGGGUUGCUGUUCUUCCUUUUAGCGCUACAUGGGAGGUUUUUAAGGUUUGGAUAUUUGGAGAUUUAUGGUGCUCUGUAUGGUUAGCUGUUGAUGUGUGGAUGUGUACAGCAUCAAUUUUAAAUCUAUGUGCAAUAAGUUUAGAUAGAUAUCUUGCUGUUACAAGACCCGUGAGUUAUCCUCAGAUAAUGUCACCGAAAAGAGCCAAGUUACUCGUGGCAGCCGUCUGGGUAUUAAGCUUUGUCAUUUGCUUUCCACCUCUAGUUGGUUGGAAAGAUCAAAGGUCACAUCCACAACAGAAUGACGUAUUGACAUUUGAACAAAACGGACCGUUUAACAGCACGACAAUACUCGUUCCGGUUAAACCAUGCCCUUGGAUAUGUGAGCUUACCAAUGACGCCGGUUAUGUUGUCUACAGUGCUCUUGGGUCUUUUUACAUACCGACACUAGUAAUGCUUUUUUUUUAUUGGAGAAUUUAUAAUGCAGCCGUGUCAACGACUAAGGCUAUUAAUCAGGGUUUUCGAACGACCAAAGGAUCAAAAAUGCUAGGAUCAAGGUUUGACGAACAAAGAUUGACAUUAAGGAUUCACAGAGGCCGAGGUAGUGUUUACAAUGGAGGUAAUAAUACCAGUCCCAAAAGCCCAGAGUCUAGUCGGAGUGCAUCUGUACGAAAAGAUAAGAUCAAAAUAUCUGUAUCAUAUCCUAGCACUGAAACUCUCAACACUAAAUACAAUACUUUAGAACGUACUCCGUCAAGGUGUUCACAAAUGUCAGUACAUUACAACAGUAAUGGACAAACACAAAGUCAUCUGUGCCCUACAUCUAGGAAUACUCAUCUUAAGGUCGGUGGUGUAGUUCGAGUUGGUAGUGCAAGAAGACCUAGUCGUCGGAAUAGUUGUGAAAGUCAGGUAACUGGAGAUGAGGUUUCACUUCGUGAACUAACUCCUGGUAUUGAAGAGAAACCACCACGUGUGAUGAAAAUGGGCAAAAGAAAUAUAAAAGCUCAGGUAAAGAGAUUUCGAAUGGAAACAAAAGCAGCAAAAACUCUUGGUAUAAUAGUAGGAGGAUUUAUACUGUGUUGGUUACCAUUUUUUACAAUGUACAUGGUACGAGCAUUUUGCCCGAAUUGCAUUCAUCCAACAGUCUUCAGUGUUCUAUUUUGGCUUGGAUAUUGUAAUUCUGCUAUAAAUCCAUGUAUCUACGCACUCUUCAGUAAAGAUUUUAGGUUUGCAUUUAAGAGAAUUAUUUGUAACUUCUUUUGCAAACGAAAUAAAAAUUCCUUACGCCGUGGGAGUGAUGGCAGCCAAUUGGCAACAAGGAAUGAUAGAAGUCUAAACUAUUCAAUACGGAUACGACAACAUGGUGUGUCAAUUGAUGAUUCUGAUCCUGAUCCAGGCUCCGAUCAUAACACCCACUCACAAAGUGAUUCGAGGUGACUUUAGCACACGUAAAAAAUCCACUUACAUCGUUCAUAUACAUCAAUACAUCAAUAUUAUGAUGCUUAAUUGUGUGCUGUCGCAACGAAUUAUGCAAGUGCCGAUAAUAAGUGAUUUAAUAUUGUCUGAUCUCUAUAUUAUAUCAGACCAAUUCCUUCUCUCUAUACUUACCGUCCUAUUCUGUAAAACAUUCUCGUGCAGUACUAAUCGAUCAAUCAUCAUAAAUACCACCGAAUUCUGACGAGUGUAAAUCUCUUCUAGUCUUUUUAUUGAUUCAAAAAACAAGUGAAUAAGUUAAAUAAAAUAAUAAUAAUGUUAUUAUACAAUUGAAAUGACAUGGAAAAAAUAUGUAUCGAGUCAUCUCGGCUUUGGUAUGAAAGAAUAAUGUUAAUUUUUAUUAUUGAUGAUAAAGAAUUUAUGUAUUAUAUUAAUUGUUAUAUGUAUAUAUGACUACUUUCCGUAUGUAUAUAUUUAUAAAUAUAUGUAUAAAUGUACCGUUACUACGGUAUUUAUUUAAACAAAACAAAAAAGAAUAUAUAUAUAUAUCUAUAUAUAUAUUAUUCUCGAAAAAAUUUACAAAACAUAAUCACAAAGUGUAAAUAUGUAGGUAGAAAAAAAAAAUAAUUAUUAAAGCAGCAGACUUUUAAAGUAUAAGAAAAAAGUAUACAUGUUAUUAUACAUAUCAUUAGCUGAGAGUGUAAUCAAGCCAACUCCAUUAAGAAAAAGGUUUACAGAGAAAAAAAAAA